UCUCACCUCCACCCUGCCGCGUCGUAGCAAUCGAUUGUUCGCCUUAUGUCCUUCCACCCAUCUCUUCUAUUCCUCGGAUCAAACUCUACCCGCAACCAGUAUGUCAAAGCAAGACCCACCCAUGCAGUCCGUAUGGCAAGAGCUAUGGCGAGGAAAUCUCCCUCUCUACCUAGCCAUGAAUCUCUCGACGACAGCCAACAUCGCACUCGUUACUCUGCUCCUCGUCGCCAUCUUGUCCAUCACUUUUGAGGUUAUUCGCAUCUGGCUAUUCCGUCGCACCCGUCAGACGCACAGCUACGUUCUCGUCGACGACACCGUCGAGAUCUCACCGCCGAGUUCAGGACCAGUAUCCUUGUUGGCACGCACCAGUCAUGGUCCCCGCCCAACUGUUUAUGCCAAAGCAAUCCUGCAUGCAAUCCUCUUCCUCGGCGUACAGGCAGUUCUCACUCUCCUCGUUGUCCAGAUUGCGCGCCUCGUAGCGUCUACUUUCGCCACUGACCGUCGUCUUCGCAAGCAAUGCUACCGUUUGGCGCAGAGGGGGCUCGAGUGCCCGGCUGCAACACGCUAUCACAGUGUCCUGAACGUUACGGUUGCCCUUGGUUUGUUCUACUUGAUUCGAGGUCUUCAAUUGCACGCAGAUCUGCCGACCCGCCCGUCUCAGAACAGCAACUACAGCAACGGCUUCCUGUCCCUACAAGACACAUGCCGACGGGCAAUGCAGAAGGUGCUUGCAGCGCCAAUUACCGUGGUCGUUCUACACUCUCGUGUGUCAGGGGAUGAGCCGUGGAAGCACGCUAGACUGAUUCUUGUUCAGGUUGCUGUGUCUGUCUGCAUCUUCCUUUGUGGCAACUUUCUCUGUCUACUUGCCGCGCUCCCUGACAUACAUGGUACUAUACUCGCAUUGGAGAAAUCAGGGCUCACUGGAAAGACGGAGGUGUAAAGACUACUUCUAAAAGGAAGCUUUGAGGUAUACCGAUUACUGGAGUACGGCAUGGCGUUUGACUUACAUGUAUAAAAGUUUACAUCGUAUAUACGAAACUAAGUCAGGCUUAGCUCGUACUCUGCUAGACUCUAAAGUAGUGGAUUGAUACGGGAUGUCCGACUUCCGUAAUACAAGAGGAUUCGAAGUAGUAGAGAUAGGAGC